AUGUCUUCAUUACCAACUGAAGUUCAAGGUGUCUUGACACAGUUAGUAGAUGGGUUAUCGUCUUCAGAUAAUUCAGUUAGAUCGGGGGCAGAAAAGUUGCUUGAAUCUGAAUGGACUAAGAAAGAAAAUGUUGAAAUGUUGUUGAUAUUUUUAGCAGAACAGGCUUGCGGUUCGGAUAAUGAUACCUUAAAAGCAUUCUGUGCCGUUUUGUUUAGACGUGUUGCCAUUAGGUCUCCAAAAGAAAUUGCCAGUGUAACAGAUAGAACUAUUGGAGUUAUUGGAGAGCCCGUCAGGCAACAAAUUCGUGCAAUUUUGUUGCACGGCUUUACAUCGCAACAAUCAAAUCAAGUAAGACACAAGCUUUCUGAUGCUAUUUCAGAAGUAGCCAAGGAAGAUGCAUCGCCACUGGGUUCGUGGAAUGAAUUAAUACCAGCGUUGUUCCAAGCCACUAAGAAUUCUGACCCUAGCUUUCGCGAGUCUGCUUUUCGUGUUUUUUGUUCAGCACCUGAAUUGAUUGAUAAGUCUUAUAUUAAUGACGUUCUUCCAAUUUUCAACACUGGAUUUGAAGACGAAAGUGAUGAUGUUCGUAUUGCCGCAUGUACAGCGUUCGUUGCUUUUUUCCGUGAAAUACCUAAGAGUAGCUGGCCAACAUUAUCUCCUUUGUUACCAAACUUAUUGAAUUCGUUGCCACGUUUCUUGCAGAAUGGUCAGGAUCAAGCGUUGUCAUCUGUCUUAGAAGCUUUAAUUGACUUGGUUGAAUUGGCACCUAAAAUGUUUAGGGAAAUGUUCCCGACUAUAAUCGAAUUUUGUGCAGCAGUUUCCAAAAACAAUGAGUUAGACUCUGGUGCACGUAUGGCUGGUUUAGAAUUAUUGACAACAUUUGCAGAAGUUUCACCAUCCAUGUGUAAACGUACUUCAUCGUAUACUGAUAACAUGGUGUUAAUAACGUUGUCCAUGCUCACUGAAGUAUGUAUUGAUGAUGAAGAAGCAGCAGACUGGAACAAUAAUGAUGACACAGAAGAUGAUGACGAAGAACCAGAAUAUGAUGCUGCUCGUCAAGCUUUGGAUCGUGUUUCUUUGAGAUUAAAUGGCCAAGCAUUAGCAACUCCGUUAUUCCAAUAUUUACCUGUGAUGAUCCAAUCCUCAGCUUGGAGAGAACGUCAAGCGGCAUUAAUGGCUUUAUCAUCUGCAGCGGAAGGGUGUUCUGAUGUUUUAAUGACAGAAAUUCCUAAAAUUUUGGACAUGAUUUUACCAACAUUACACGACAGUCAUCCAAGAGUUCAAUAUGCCUGUUGUAAUGCCUUAGGUCAAAUGUCAACAGAUUUUGCGAACGUAAUUCAAAGAACAUCCGGUGACAGAAUAUUACCAGCCCUAAUUUCAAUGUUGACUAGCAAAUCAGUUUUCAGAGUUCAAGCACACGCCGCCGCCGCAUUAGUUAAUUUUUCAGAAGCAGCUUCUAAAGAAAUUUUAGAACCUUAUUUAGACGAUUUGUUGAAUAAUUUACUUGGGUUAUUGCAAUCUCCAAAGAGAUACGUUCAAGAACAAGUCUUAACUACAAUUGCUAUUAUAGCCGAUGCUGCUGAGAAAAAGUUUAUCAAGUACUACGAUACCUUAAUGCCAUUAUUAACUGAUGUCCUCAAAACUGAUAUGGGACAAGAGAAUAGAUUAUUAAAAGCAAAGUGUGUUGAAUGUUCCACAUUAAUUGCUUUAGCGGUCGGUAAAGAGAAGUUUGCUCCUCAUAGCCAAGAUCUUAUUCAAUUAUUUGGACACAUCCAAGAGACUGCUGUAGAAGAUGAUGACCCCAUCAAGCCAUAUUUGGAACAAGGCUGGGGUAGAAUUUGUCGUAUUAUUGGAAAAGAUUUCGUACCAUACUUGCCUGCAGUUUUACCACCAUUAUUGAAUGCGGCUAAAGCUACACAAGAUAUUUCAUUGCUAGAGGAAGAUGAGGCCGAGGAGUACAAUACAAAUGAUGAAUGGGAUGUCAUCAAUUUAUCUGGUAGACUUAUAGCUGUUCACACUGCUGCUCUUGACGAUAAAGUGUCGGCGAUGGAUUUAUUAAGAACAUACGCUAUUCAAUUAAAAGGUGACUUUUACCCUUGGGUCAAAGAAAUUGUUCAAGAUAUUGGUAUCCCAGCGCUUGAUUUUUACUUGCAUGAUGGUGUACGUGCAUCUGCAGCUUUAACUUUGGCAUCUUUAUUAAAAUGUUCAGUGGUUGCAACCGGUAAUAACUCGAACGAAACAUUGCAGAUAUGGUCUCAAAUAUCUAAUAAGUUAGUCGAUGUUCUAACAAACGAACCUGUACCAGAAUUAUUGGUCGCAUAUUACACUUCAUUAGUGGAAUCUAUUGGCGUAUUAGGUGCAAACUCAUUAUCUCAAACACAAUUGGAAUCUUUGGCAAAAUCCAUUAAUUCGAAUUUAACUGAGAUUUACGAACGUAUAAAAGCACGCGACAAUGAAGAUGACGAAUACACUGAAGAAGUUGAUGAUGAGGAAGACGAAUAUACUGAUGAGGAAUUAUUAGAUGAAAUUAAUAAAGCAAUUUCAGCUAUUUUCAAAAAUUCUAAGACAAAUUUCUUACCAGCUUUCCAAAUUUUGGUUCCAACUAUCGCUUCAUUCAUUAAUGAUGAAAACACGAAUAUUAAGCUUUGUGGUUUAUGUACUGUGUGCGAUAUAUUGGAGCAUUGUGGUACUGAUUCAGUUGUUUACAAAGACAUGUUUAUUAAUGUUGUUGGUGAAUCAUUAACUUCGUCCCAUGCUUCAAUUCGCCAGGCUGCUUCAUACGCAGUAGGUAUGGCAGCCCAGCAUGGUGGUAAUGCCUACGGUGAGUUUUGUUUGGCCUGUUUAGGACCAAUUUUCAAAAUGGCCUCUGUCCCAGAUGCUCGUGCUGAUGAUAAUAUUCACGCUACGGAAAAUUCCAUCUCUACUUUGGCUAAGAUUUUCCACAGUUUCGGUUCCUCAAUACCUAAUUUAGAUACUCUCAUACAACAAUGGAUUGAUUUAUUACCUGUUGUCCAAGACGAAGAAGCAGCACCAUUUGCUUAUUCUUUCUUGUGUCAUUUAAUCCAAAACCAACAUCCUAGUGUUACAAGUCAGGUCCCCAAGGUUGUCGACGCUGUUAUUCAGGCGUUAUCGCAUGCAUCUAUCUCAGGUAAUACUGCUGAAAGGACAGCCGCUGCUACGAGACAAUUACUUGGUAAUAUACCACAAACUGAAGCCGUGGCUUUAUUACAAAAAUAUCCUGCCGAGUUGCUGGUUAUCCAAAAAUGGUUUUCCUAG